AUGAACGAAAAGACUGAUUAUGGGAACCAAACCUUCGUACUUGACAAUGGAUACAGUAUGAAGAAACGAAACUCGGACGACAGUACAGAGUCAGGAGAGGAAGAACAUUACACUCCACAUGGGUUGGGGUGGUUUGUCACAGCCUUAUUCAUAUUGGGAGACAUGGUGGGGUGGAUUGGUUACUCUGCCCGUGGCUACUGUGCAUACUAG